UUUGAAAAUUUGUUGAGGCGCGUUUUAUAAAUGUUGACACGUUGUGCGUGAUGCGAAAAAUGCCAAUGAAAUCAAAUUAGAUCCAUAAUUCGUCUGCCUGUUCGAUUUAUUCGCGCUGACGCUUCGCAUUCCUCCCCAAACGCAGAGUGAGCAGCUAUGGAAGCCCUAUCCAACCUGCUGCAGCCCUACAAGGAGGAGGUCGGUGUCACGGCCAGCGUCGUCACCAUCCUGCAGUUCUUCUCAGGCACCUUCAUCUGCUAUGACAUCUACAAGAGGAAGAGCACCAAUGGUAUCGGAGCCCUGCCUUUCAUUGGAGGUGUGGUAAUUGGGAUUUUGGUGUUGAAAUUCUCGAUGAUUCUGCAGGAUAAGAACAUGUUCAAUGUGAACGUGGCUGCAAUCCUUCUGAACACCAUCUACCUGGCGUUCUAUAUCUUCUACUCGAAGAACAAGAUGGAAGAGGUGUUUCGACCCUGUCUCAAGGGUUCCGCUCUGAUCGUAGUUCUCCUCUCUUACGUCGCCUACGAAGACCCCAAUAACUUGGAAUACAGAUACGGUCUCAUCGUCACCGUCCUCAUGCUUCUAUUGAUGGGAAGCCCUCUGAUAGAAAUCAAAUCCAUGAUCAAGAACGAAGAUGCCUCCGCCAUUCCCUUUCCCUUGACGCUGAUGGGAACCAUCGUUUCCUUCCUGUGGCUGCUGUACGGAAUAAUUUUACUUAACAGCUUUAUGGUUGUACAAAACAUUUUGGGUUUCCUUCUGUGCGUCGUGCAGCUAGCAUUAUCCAUCAUGUACCCACUUAAGGUAAAGUUUGAAUAAUCUGUGAUCCAGACAACAAAGAGAAAAAAAAGCAAUCUAAACACCUAUAGUAUCAUCAUAAAUGGAAUAAAUAUAUGUAUUUUCUUAAAGUUACUACUAUCAGAGUUUAAUGAAUUACUAGAUUAUAUAAGUAUUUUAAGAGUUAUAUAUAUAUAUAAAUUGUUGUAGGUAUUUAAAGCUAUUUACAAAGAAUUUGACAAUAACAAUGAACCUUAAUAAUAAGCUUUAUAAAAAGACAGAAAGUAAAAUAAAAGUACAAGUUUUCCAUUUAA